AUGGCAAAGGAUUGUUCGUCGGGAGGAUGCAAAACGUGCGCCAAGCGGCAUAAUUCUCUGUUGCAUAAGGAAGGUACCAAAGAUGAAUCAGGUCUAAAUGCCAAUAAGGGAAAAACGAAGGUCGAGGCUAAAGGGGAACAAGGGGACAGCGCGGCAUGUGGGCACGCCUGUUCUAUCAAAUCGUAUUGCUCAACGCAAAUGUUAUUGUCGACCGUUCUAGUAAAGGUGAAACACAACGAUGGUCACUUUAUCCAGGUUAAGGCGUUGCUAGAUAGCGGCGCGGAGUCGAAUUUCAUAACGGAAUCUCUAGCCAACCGACUGAGGUUAAAACAAAGGAGUUCAAACAUAGAAAUCACGGGCAUCAAUCAGCAAAUAUCAAAGGCGCUGAAAACCACCGAGGUGAAUGUUAGGUCUAGAUUCGGGUCGCGCGAUAUUAAAUUGCAAUGCGUAGUCUUGCCUACCAUAACACGAAGAGUUCCUUACGUACGAUUAGAAAGGGAGCAGUUUAGUAUACCGAACAACAUUAGGUUAGCAGAUCCGCAGUUCCACGUUCCUUCCGAAAUCGACAUAGUGAUAGGUACGGAGUGGUUCUGGGACUUGAUGUGCGUAGGGCAGAUUAAAUUGGGCCGGGGUAAGCCAACGCUACAAAAAACGAUAAUGGGGUGGCUAGUAGUAGGAAAAAUGCUGCAAGGAGCACCGGGACGCAAACCACAAACUACUUGCAAUCUGAGCAGUACAAGAAUGCUGGACGAGACGCUACGGCAGUUUUGGAAAAUUGACGAGAUCCCAAUAAAGGCGGAAAUCAAUGAAGAAGGUCUGGAAUGCGAAGAGUUCUUCAAGGGCACUUACUCGAGGAACGCUGAAGGAAGAUUUGUGGUACGGUUGCCGAUCAAGCAGGACGUCAUUGACAAGAUGGGCGAGUCAAAGGGCGUAGCAGAAAGAAGAUUUCUGUCAUUGGAAAGGAAGCUGGAGAAAGACCCGGAAUUGAAAGACGAAUACCUCAGGUUUAUGAAGGACUACAGGGAGUUAGGCCACAUGAGAGAAAUAGACGAACAGUCGGACACUGCGGCGAGGAUUUUCCUGCCGCAUCAGGCGGUCUUGAACAAUUCAGCGAUAUGGUGGGAAGGACCGCGUUGGUUGAAAGUGAAAAAUGACUUUGCGAAAACCGACGGCCUUGAUGUGGAGCUGGAUGCGGUACCUGAAGAGCGCAAGAAAGCGCUAAUAGCAAUAAGUCUAGUCGAUAACUCAGCGAUAGAUUUUAUUAAAUUUUCCUCGUACUUUAAAUUGUUACGCGUGAUAGCUUAUAUGUUAAGAUUUGUAGGUAAAUUUAAGAAGCUAAAUAUUUCUUAUAAGGAAAGAUAUGUAACCGCGGAGGAGAUGAGAGUGGCGCGGAAUGUGAUAGUGAAGGUUGUGCAAUUGCUAGCGUGGAAGGACGAAGUGAAGAAACUAAGCAAUGGUCAGGAGAUUCCGAGGAGCUCCAAGCUAAUCACCUUGAGACCCUAUCUAGACGAAGAAGGAAUGAUGAGGGUGGGCGGAAGACUACACCAAUCAUCAUUAGCCGAGGACGCCAAGCAUCCUCUGGUGAUUCCUGCAGAUCAUCACUUCACCAAGCUAGUCAUCACGGAAAGACAUUGUGAGAUGGCCCACGCCGGGCCUGCUACCACCUUAGCAGCAGUAAGGUGCGAAUUCUGGCCGAUAGCUGGAAGAAGCAUAGUCAAGAAACUCGUGAGGAACUGCGUCGUGUGCCGCAAGGCCAAUCCGGUCCCGUGUCAGCAAUUAAUGGGACGGCUUCCGGAGGCGCGGGUACAAGAAUCGAGACCCUUUUCAAGGGUGGGAGUCGACUACUGUGGUCCGUUCAUGGUGAGGGAUCGCGUUCGACGGAACAGCAGACAAUAUAAGGCUUACGUGGCCGUGUAUGCGUGCAUGGCCACCAAGGCGGUUCACAUAGAGCUAGUGGACGAUAUGACUACGGAAGCAUUCCUGGGUUCAUUGAAGAGAUUCACGGCGAGGAGAGGAUUGCCCUCGGACGUCUACUCGGAUAAUGGAAAAAACUUCGUAGGCGCUGAGCGGGAGAUCCAGCGAGUUCUCAGGGAUUCCCAGUGGUUGGAGAAACUCCACGGGCAUUGCGCCAAGAACGGGAUAAAAUGGCACUUCAUUCCUGCCAGGGCUCCGCACUUUGGAGGCCUGUGGGAGGCUGCGGUCAAGACAUUGAAACGGCAGUUGAAGCGGACUAUCGGAAACGCUUCGCUCACGGUAACGGAAAUGAUAACGGUUCUGAGUCAAAUUGAGGCUAUGAUGAAUUCAAGGCCUAUAACACCAUUAUCGGAUGACCCUCGAGAUCUGGACGCCUUAACACCAGCGCACUUCCUGAUAGGCAGCUCAAUGGCAUCGCUACCGGGACCUGACCUGCAGGAGACACCGAUUUCCAAGUUGUCUAGGUGGCAGCAUGUGGAACUCCUCCGUCAGAGAUUUUGGUCACGUUGGCAGACGGAAUACUUGGCCACGUGUCAACAACGCUUUAAGUGGAAGACGCUGAAGCCGGACGAGUUGCUGGAGGGGCGACUGGUAAUGUUAAAAGAAGAUGAGACCAUGCCUUUCAAAUGGACGAUGGCGAGAAUACUAGCGGUGCAUCCAGGGGCGGACGGGUUGGUGCGCGCGGUAACUGUGCGAACGGCAAAGGGGAGCUACAAGCGACCUGUAGUAAAGAUAGCGCCGAUUCCAUGCGAUUAA